CUCUCCAACAAGUGACUGUGACUGCUCGGUAUCGUUGCUGUUACGUGCGCUCGCGCGCGCCGCUUUUAACCAACGAAAUAUAGAAAAUCCAAAACGAAAACGAAAUUGAAAUCUAACAAAACUAGUUAAAGAAACAGUCAGCCAGCCAGCCAGCCACACUGAGGCAAGAGGUCCGUACCAUCCGUUCAUUUAAACAUUAAAGCUGUUGCCAUUGCUGUAGCUGCUGACUGUGGCUGCAGGCAAAGCCAACUCCGCAGCCAACGUUCCUACACAUCAUAAGUCUGCCGACUAGCGCAGUCGCAGCGAAGUGUUGUCAUCAACUUUGCACUUUUGCGCUCGCCUAACUUUCGAUAAGCUUACAGAUUGUUUUAGCGCUUGCUGCAGUAAGCACGCGUGCGCGGUUUUCUAGUAAGAAAGCAGUGAAUUAUCCAUCACCCCAUACGAAAGGAAAUUAAAAAAUAAUUAAAAAAAUUAAUUAAAAAAAAAAAAACAAAAACUAUUUAUGGUGUUGUCAAUUGAAGAAAAAAAAAAUUGAAAUCUCGUUUAGUGGUAACGAUAUCCAAGAAACGCAGCGAGUCGAGUGCGAGUAAUAAACUCUGGUAGUUCUUCAGUGGUGUAUGCAAUUUGCUCCUAGUUGGCCAUGUGUAGACACUCAACAACAACGUUAUGCUAAAAGGAAAAAGGAACAAAACGAAAAUAUAUUUCAUCGGUUACUAUCUUUUUGGCAAAAGGCAGUUUUUCGCUGCGGCUUAGAAAACCUGCACUAAACUAAAAAUCCAAUUUUCCAAAAAUUUCCCAACUGUUACCCUCUUUUUUGUGUUUUUUUUUAUCAACGUUUACCAACCAAGUGCCUAAAUAAAAUCGAAAAACAUAAAUAAAAGAAAAACCAAAAGUAAAAAAAAAAAUAAAUUUACCACAGAAAGAAAAACAAGUGUUUCCUGUUUUGUAAUACAAACAAAAAAAAAAAUCUCUUGUAAAGCUAAAGUGCCAAAAUUAUACAAAAAGCAAUUUUACACUAUACACACAUACAAAGAAAAACCUCUCACACACGUACACACAAAAAGUACACACGCAAAAAGCAUAUCUAUUUCGAAACUAAGUUAUUUAUUGUUCAAACAAAAACAAAGUGAAGAGAAAAAAAACACACACACACACACACAUAAAACGAGUGAAUUAUAAAGCUAAAGAAAAUCCAAGUCAUAGUUUAGUUUAUUUAUUAAUCCCACAAGACGACCUCUUAAUUCUGGUAAAGGAUUUAAUUUAAGCAGCCAUGGACAAGCAAAACUUUCUUAUUGGAUUAAUUUUAUGGUGUUUAUGUUCGCCAGCAUAUCUAUUGCGUGUACCCGAAGAUCUAGAGGAUAAUGCGCUCAAAGCUUUACAAUUGGAGAGAGCACGUUCGAUUACACCCUGUCAGGAGGAGCAGGAUAGCACCAAGGGUUUCGAUGUGUGUCCGCCCAGUAAAUAUCGCCUGCCAAGCGGUGAAUGUAAUAAUGUCUCGCAUCGCAAAUGGGGAGCACGAGGUGAUAUUUUCCUACGUCUGCUGGCACCAGACUACGCAGAUGGCAUUAGCCAACCUCGUACCUCACAUGGCACUCAUGCCCUGCCAGAUGCUGAAUUUGUGGUGUCGCAGCUGCAAAAACACAUUGAUGGUGAGGUGAGACAUCCCCACAUCACCGCCAUGUUACCCGCCUGGGGUCAACUGUUGGCCAAUGAUUUGAUUGAAGUCAGUCAAUUGCCCAUUAAUGGCAAAUGUUGUCGCAACACUUUCGAGCGUAAUCCAAGAGAAAUGGAACAGUGUUAUGUGCGUUCAGGACCUGAUUGCAAGGAAUAUAGGCGUUCAGCGCCUGCUUUUGAUGCAGAAGCAUGCAGUAAACAUCAACGCCAACAAAUGAAUGUUGCCUCGGCCUAUAUCGAUGCCAGCGGCUUGUAUGGCUCUACUGCCCAAGAGUUCCAGGAAAUUCGUACCUUCCUUAGUGGUGGCGUCAAGGUGGAAUCUUGCAAAUAUUGCCGCGUUCCCGGUGCCACUGGAGCUUUACAUCGCGCUUUGUUGCAGGAACACAAUAAAAUCGCCGAACAAUUGUCCCAUUUGAAUCCUGAUUGGUCCGAAGAAGAUGUCUUUGUGGAAGCCAGACGUAUUAUAAUUGCUCAAAUUCAACAUAUUACCUAUAAUGAAUUCCUGCCCUUGGUAUUGGGUCAAGAAACUACAGCCAAAGAAGGAUUAAGACUUGGUGCUGAAAAACAUUCGACCAAUUACUCCAGUACAAAUCGUGGUGGUAUCUACAAUGAGUUUGCCACAAGUGCCAUGCCAGCCUUCCUCACCAUGUAUCCCCCAGAAAUGCUUUCUCAUUCCAUGUCUUCCCCCCAACUGUUGUCGGUGUCGGCUUUGCAAAAAUCCUUACUACCCUCCACAGUCAAUCAUGAAGGUUGGUCUGAUUUGGCCUUGGCAUUGCAUCGUGCUCGCGACCAUGGUGUACCCGCCUAUGUACAAGCCUUGGGAGUGUGUGAUAAACGUUUCACCUCAAAUAUCAACAUUACAUUUGAAAAUCUCUCAAGAUAUUCCACAAUUCCUGAGGAGUAUAUAACCAAUUUACGUGACAUCUAUCAAAGUGCCAACGACAUUGAUCUGUUGACGGGCGCCCUUUUGGAAGAUCCCGCUGUGGGGGCAUUGUUUGGGCCCACUAUCACCUGCCUGCUCACCCUACAAUUUGAACAUUUGAAGAGAACAGAUCGCUUUUGGUAUGAGAAUGAUAUACCACCAUCCUCAUUCACUUUGGAUCAGUUGAAGGCUAUACGCCAGACUACUUUGUCGGGUUUGUUGUGUGCCUCCAACCAGGUGGAGGAGGCACAAUCGAAGGCUUUCAUAAGUCAGGAUAACUUUUUGAAUACCCUUUUGAAUUGUGACCAGAUUCUUAAGCUUGAUUUGCGCCCUUGGCAAUCGGUGGUGGAUGAAACCGCAUCCAUUGAACAUGUUGAGGUUGAACCUGAAGUCAAAGAAGUUAUUAGUGAAUUGAAUCCCGAGCUGUUGGAGGCCGCUGUGGAAAGAGCCAAAUUGGAGUUGGAAGAACGUAAACGUUUUGAAUAUGAAUCGUGGUUGGCUCAGGGUGGCAUUAGUGCCAAGAGUCCUGAAGGUGUGGCCGCCUCCUUCAGCAAAGCCAAUCGUAAUGCCCUGCUCUUGGCCAACUCUUCGCUGAUCUAUGAAUUGGCCUCCAAUGAAAUUGUCAACACUUUGACCUCCAUCAAUAGGCGCAAACGUCAAAUCUUUGAUUCAGGCUUGAACAACUUUAAUCGCAAUGAUCUUACCGAAACUCUAUCGACCAUUGAUAUAAGCAGCUUUUUGCAAAAUCGCCAACCUGCCACAGACUGUGAAGAUCCCGUGGUGGCCUGUGAUACCACAACACCCUUCCGUUCCAUGUCCGGUUAUUGCAAUAAUUUGAGAAAUCCAGGCUGGGGCAAAUCUUUGACUACCUUCUCGCGUCUAUUACCGGCCCAAUAUGAUGAUGGAAUUUCCAAGCCCCGACUAUUGGCGGUAACAGGAGCUCCUUUGCCCAAUCCACGUACUGUGUCAACUGUCAUACAUCCUGAUAUCUCCAAUUUGCAUACCCGCUACUCCCUAAUGACCAUGCAGUUCGCCCAAUUUGUUGAUCAUGAUUUGACCAUGACACCCAUCCAUAAGGGUUUCCAUGAAUCCAUUCCCAGUUGCAGAAGAUGUAAUUCUCCCCAAACAGUGCAUCCUGAGUGUAAUCCCUUCCCUGUGCCGGCUGGCGAUUAUUACUACCCCGAAGUGAAUGUGACCAGCGGCGAACGUUUAUGUUUCCCCUCUAUGAGAUCCUUGCCUGGACAAUUGACUUUGGGUCCCCGCGAUCAAAUUAAUCAGAACACCCAUUUCCUGGAUGCCUCCAUGGUUUAUGGUGAGAAUGUUUGUGUGGCCAAUAAACUGCGAGGCUUUUCAGGGCGUCUGAACUCCACCGUACAUCCCAUACGUGGCAAGGAGUUACUGCCACAGACCAAUCAUCAUCCCGAAUGUAAGUCUCGCAAUCGUCUGUGCUUCGAUGGUGGCGAUGAUCGUGCCUCCGAACAGCCAGGCUUGACGGCCAUGCACACCAUCUUCUUGCGUGAACACAAUCGCAUUGUUGAGGGCUUGCGCGGUGUCAAUCCCCAUUGGAAUGGUGAUCAGUUGUUCCAACAUGCCCGUCGUAUUGUCAGUGCCCAGGUGCAGCAUAUCACAUUCAAUGAGUUCUUGCCACGCAUUCUCAGCUGGAAUGCUGUGAACUUGUAUGGCUUGAAGUUAUUGCCCCAAGGCUAUUACAAGGACUACAAUCCCUCUUGCUCGCCGAUUAUCUUCAAUGAAUUUGCUGCUGCUGCCUUCCGUAUUGGCCACUCGCUGUUGAGACCCCAUAUUCCUCGCUUGAGUCCCCAACAUCAACCCGUUGACCCACCUCUAUUGUUGCGCGAUGGUUUCUUCAAGAUGGAUGCUUUGUUGCAGCCCGGUAUUAUUGACGAAAUUAUGCGUGGCCUGGUUGCCACUCCCAUGGAAACUUUGGAUCAAUUCAUCACUGGCGAGGUAACCAAUCACUUGUUCGAAGAUCGCAAGAUACCCUUCUCCGGAGUGGAUUUGAUAGCCUUGAAUAUCCAAAGAGGACGUGAUCAUGGCUUGCCUUCGUACAAUAACUAUCGUGCCUUGUGUAACUUGAAACGUGCCUCCACCUGGAAUGACUUGAGCCGUGAAAUCCCCACCGAGGUCAUUACCCGCUUCAAGAAAAUCUAUCCCACAGUUGAUGAUAUUGACCUAUUCCCUGGUGCCAUGACCGAAAGACCCCUGCAAGGAGGUUUGGUUGGCCCCACCCUGGCUUGUAUCAUAGGCAUUCAAUUCAGACAAUUGAGAAAAUGUGAUCGUUUCUGGUAUGAAAAUCAAAAUCCCGAAGUUAAAUUCACUGAAGCUCAAUUGGCUGAAAUUCGCAAAACCACUUUGGCCAAGAUUACCUGUGAGAAUUUGGAAAUCCCCGGCGAUAUGCAACGUGCUGCCUUUGAUUUGCCCAGCAAUUUCUUAAAUCCCCGUGUUCCCUGCCACUCGAUGCCUCAAAUCGACCUCAGUGCCUGGCGUGAAAAUGUCCAGGGUUGCCAGAUAGGCAGCCGUCAUGUGAGAGUUGGAGAAUCAGCAUUCCCCUCACCAUGCACCAGUUGUGUGUGCUCAACAGAAGGGGCUCAAUGUGCCUCCCUUCGCAUUACCGACUGUGGUCAACUGAUACGUCAAUGGCCCAAGGAAGCCAUUUUACGCGAUGAAGUGUGCAAUUCACAGUGUGGCAUUUAUCUCACGGGUCAGGGGGGCAACUUUAAUGCCCAAUCGAGACAAGGUGCCCAAGUACCAACGCCAUCGCGUGUACAAAGAUCACGACCACAAAAUCUCUUUAAGUUCCCCGAUUUAACACCAUUUAUAGCAUCGUUGUAAAUGAAAAAGUGUUAUAAAAUAAUUUCCAUAAACUACGAGUAUAUAUAAAUUGUUCUUAAAGUUUUAAGUUUAUUUUUUUAUAAAAGAAAACAACAAAAACAACAACAAAAUCCAACAAGUCCGCCAUUAGUUAACCAAUUUAAUAUUAAUACACUUAGUUAGCAAGUCAAGCAAUGUAGAAUGGGAGGCUUAAAGAUGCUCUAAAAGUUUUCACAUGGGAAAACACUAAACUACAUAUGCAUAAAUGCUAAAAUUUAUAUGUAUAAUUUAUGUAAAUAAUUAAAAAAACAAACUAUUAUUUCUUAAAGUAAAUACAACAAAAAAAUAAAAUACAAUUUUUAUAGUUCACAUAAAAAACAACAAACUUAAUAAAUGUAUAAAUAAUUUUUAAGUUGAGUAAAAAACAUAAAAUGCUGAAGAAAAAAUAUUCCAAAUUCUCUAAAAAACGAAAUAUACAGAAAUGUAUUUUUUUUAUGAAAAUGUCUUAUAAACAUUUAAAGACUUUAUACUAAUGUAUAUUCCCUCACCCAAGUCAGUGUAUGAUGCACUUACUCUAAUAUUCCCUAAUAAUAGUUAUUUCAUUACAGUACCCUAUUGGACACAAUUCCUAUAUUACGACCAUCUUUGGUGUUUCUCAAGAAAAUUUUAAAGCGAGCAAAAAUUCUAAAAAAUCUUAAAUUCUUGCCUACAAUGAAAAGUCACCAGGCAUUACUUUGGGAAUUACUUUGUGUUUUACCUAUAGAAGAAUAAAUGUUUAACUUUCCUUACUAAUUUCUUUGAAAACGCGUUUCCUACUUUUCCAUGAACUACUUUCGAUAACUGCCCAUUUUAGCAAGACCUUCACGUAACGAUAAUUAUAUUAUUGUUUAGUUUCCUUUUUUUUAAUUGUUAUUUUUUAUAAACUUUAACUUUACCUAUAUAUUUUAUAAAUGAAAAACAAAUAUUGUGUUUAAUUCUAAUGCAUUUGUAUGUUACAUUAGAUUUCAAUGCAUUUCUAUUG